GGGGACCCUGGAGAGUGGGAACCCCCCGGAGCCGCGGGACCCCCGACAGCCCGGAGAAGGGGGACCCCCAAUGCAGGCAGAAGUGCCAUCAGGCCAGACAGGGGGGACCCCCCUAACCCCAGAGAGCAGAGAGGGGGAACUCCUGGGAGGGGAUUUUGGGCUGAAUGUUGUUGUUUUGGGGGUUUUUAUGGGCACAGGAUGCCUGGUGAGUUCUAGGGCUGGACUUGGGCAGGAGAAACACCCAAGGCAAUGUGCUCACCCCUUGUUUCCCCCCCCCCCAUCAGGAUUUCUGCUUCCCAAAGCUUGGGCGGAUGGAGGAGGAGGCUGCGAGGAAGAGGAAGAUGCCGCGGGCCCCCCAGGCAGGCCCCGAGGUGAGGCCGGAGAGCGCGGAGGACAAAUCCCGGCGGCAGAGCCUGGUGGGAGAGGCCGUUUUGAAGGGCUCCCCGGCGCAGGAAGGCAGCGGGGAGGAAAAGGGCCGGAGAUGCCCCCGCAGGAGGGGCUGCAAAGCCAGCCCAGGGGGCUGUGAGGAGGAAAGAGCCAGCGUGUGCCGGGAAGGUGGCCGGAGCUUGAGGCGGAGGUGCGAGCUGGUGGUCCCUGAGCAGCCUCCCAGCAGAGAGGAGCACUUCAGGUGCUUAGAAUGUGGGAAGAGCUUCAGGACGAGCACCAACCUCCUGAGGCACCAGCACAUCCACAGUGGGGAACGGCCCUACACGUGUAGGGAAUGUGGGAAGAGCUUCAGUGACAGCGCCCACCUGCUCCGACACCAGGUGAUCCACAGUGGGGAAAAGCCCUACACGUGUGGGAAAUGUGGGAACAGCUUCAGCCAGAAGUCCUGCCUGAUCCGCCACCAGCUCAUCCACACUGGAGAACAACCUUACACCUGUGGGGAAUGUGGGAAGAACUUCAACCGGAGAUUCAACCUCCGCACUCAUCUGGGCCUGCACUCCAGGGAACGGCCCUACAAAUGCUUGGAAUGUGGGAAGAGCUUCAGCCAGAGCUCUGACCUGAUCCACCACCAGAAGAUCCACAGUGGGGAACGGCCCUACAAGUGCCCGGAAUGUGGAAAGAGGUUUAGAACCAGCUCCCAUCUCCUCAUGCAUGAGCAGAUACACACGGGGGAGAGGCCCUUCCGCUGCAGCGACUGCGGGAAGGGCUUCAAACGCAACUCCCACCUCGUCAUCCACCGUCGCAUCCACACCGGGGAGAAGCCCUACAAGUGUGACGAGUGUGAGAGGAGCUUCACCAACAGCUCUGCCUUGACCUACCACCAACGGACCCACCAGUAAUGGAAGCCUACUGAGUGCCCCGACUGCGGGAAGAGCUUCGGCCGCUGCUCCAACUCCAUCAGCCAUGGGAGGACCUGCAUUGGAUGAUCCACAGGGACCCCCGUUGGGCACAGACCUGGUGACCCACAUUCCUGGUGAUCCAUGUUGGGCAGUGUAUUGGGGCCUUGGGCAUAAUGUAUUUAAGGAGGAAAAAGUCCUUGUGCAGAUGGAAUUGGGUGCAGAGAGGAGCAGAGUGGGAAUAGGGGAGAGGAACAGCUCUGCAGACCCCCAGGGCAGUGCAGGAGGAGGGGCAGGAGGUGCUCCAGGCCUAGAGCUGAGAUUCCCCUGCAGCCCAAGGAGGAGCCCACGGCGGAGCAGGGGAUGCCCACAAAGAAGGAUGUGAGCCCGUGGGCAGCCCGUGCUGGAGCAGAGUCCCUGCAGCUGCUGCGGCCCCAGAGAGCUCCAAGGGUCUCGCUCAGCACUGCUGGUUGUGGGGCCACACAGAGGGGCUUUAGGCACAGGAAUUGUCCUUCCUGGCCCCAAUGGAAGUCUGUGACUUUCUCUGAAAUUUGGAGAACAAAAAUAGGAUUCUACUUGGGUUGUUCUUUGGUUGUUCAUUAAAAAAGCAGGAGCUCAUUGUCUCAAGGACUUGCACAGCUCCGAGGGGUUUUCAGUCCCAGCCCCCCAGGUCACCCCCCAAGGUGCUGGACGGCCCUUCAGACCCACCUGAGCCCACCCCCCGUGUGCCCACCCUGUGCAGGGCAGCUCGGGGAGCCCCCGGGACAGGGGAUGGUGCCUCUGGACCUGCCUCCCGAGGGGCUUCUGCCACCCCUGGGGGGCACAGAGGGGACAGGGGCACCCUCAGCUCCUCCUGCCACGAGAUGAGCUGGGACAACAGCCCGAGCUCCCGGGGCCUGGGCAGGUCCUGCUCCCUCCUGGGGCUUUGCCUGGAUGCUCCUGUGCUCCUCAAAUAAAAACACAAAAAGCUCAUAAUCCCCCAAGGGCCCAGCAGUCACAGCUCUCCUCAGCAAAGCAAAACUGGUUCCAUAGGAGUGAUUUGUGGAAUAUUUAUAAGGAAAAAAAGUCAAAAAACGAGACCAAGGAUCAACUGACAGAGAUGAAAAUACCUGUGGAUGCUGCUGUUGAGUCACUGGCAACUGCAAAGUGUUUCUAUACUUACUAAAACUAUAUAACCCCCCUCCAUCAAUGCCCAGCAGGUGUUGUUGGCAUCACUAGUGUAAAUAAAAUUAUUACCAGGCUGGUACUUCCCCA